GUUAGGGAAAAGAUAAUAAGAAUGGUGUUGCUAAUAGUUGUGUGAAAUGGUGUAAAAUGUACGUGUAAAGUGCGCAUCAUAAGCGAGGAAGUGCUGAUUUCAGUGUCUCUACGUCGUUAACCCUUUUUUUUCGGCGUGAACAUGAAAUAUUUAAGCUGUUUACGGGGCAACAGAAAACGGAAGGCGCUCGUCUGCACCUUGCUCCUCGCCAUCACAAUCUCUUGCACUUUCUUCUAUUCCGUCAACGCGCCAGGACACACGAGCCCAAAGCAGCAUGUGGAUGAUGCAAUUGAGCCACGUAAGGAAAAUGCAUCUCGGGUCGACGUUGGCAGCAUCACCCAGCAUCUUCAGAGUCGGGAGAGGUCUAAGGAGGGAGAGAUGAGAAGGUUGGAUGCUGCGUCGCCGGGGUCCGAGAUGGAGGAAUUUGGAAGACGCGAUGUUGUUUUGGAUUAUGAUGCGGUCUUCAACACGUCCGAGACACGCUGGCCGCUGGUGGUGUUCAGCACAGUGGGCCGUUUGGGGAACUGUCUCAACUCUUACGCCACGGCCCUCACCUUCGCCGGCAGGAGUGACGUCACGAUUGCCGUCACGCAGAGCAUAUACGAAAUGGUGACGUCACUGCUGGAACCUUCUUCGCUCUCCUUGCCAGUCUUGUCGAUCAAGCUCCUCUUCGAAGCGCAGGAAGUGGGCGUGGCCGAAGCCGUCCAGCCAGACUACCUCAAGGACGACAUGGUUUCUCACCUCCUGCCGACGAUCGAGAGGGCGAAGGAGGAGCGCGCGAGGGAGCCGGAGAUGAGGAAGAUUUAUAUCCUUGAAGGGUAUCCAAACAGAAUGAAAAUGCUUGCUGGUCACCAUGCUGUAGUUCGCAGUAAUUUUCAAAUACGUCGCGAGUUAAAGCAAAAAGCUCAAAAUUUCCUCGAUAAGAUAAGGAAGAGAGUGGGUCAAAAUGCAACAUUUAUUGGCUUUCACAUACGGCGAUCAGAUUAUGUCAAAUUUUCGGAGACCUUCCAGAAGUGUAGCCUCCCUUCGUCAGAUUACUACGACGCCGCCCUCGCCCACUUCCGCGCCCACUACCCCCACCCCGUCUUCAUCGUCAGCUCCGAUGAUCUAAGUCACGCCCGCGAACACCUCUCCCACGCCCAGGAUGUUUUCUUCUCAGAGAUGUCCCUGGCGGAGGAGGACCUAGCUCUCCUGGCCUCCUGCAGCCACUCCAUCAUGACCGCCGGCUCCUUCGGCUUCUGGGGGUCGUACCUGGCGGGCGGCGAGGUCCUCUACGCCCUUCAGCGGGGCUGUGCCUUCACGCCCUUCGUGCAUCCCGACUCGGUGGCUGGGGAGGGCUUCGAGAGGUGGCGAGGGCUGUAGUUUUCACUAAUUUAUUUAUUUAUUGUUGAGGGGGGUUGGUUUUAUUUAAGGGGGGUAUACUGUGUACACGUGGGAGCUAUGGCUCCCACGUGGCUGGCUGCCACGUGGUGCGCCCACGCUAGCCCAAGCCAGCCGGCGGUCGUGGCGUGCCCACGCCACUCACGAGUACU